UUUCAGAUCUUCCCUUGGGAAGGGUUUCACAUCAGGGUUUGCUUGUGAUGGGUUAGUAAGACAUUAGAAUGUUUACUCCAGGCAUGGUGAAGGGCCUCAAAGGAGGUGCCAGCCUUGGCAUGACAAUGAAACGACGAAGGCCUACAAGUUUGAGCCUUGUUUUGGAUGAUCCAACAGGACCGUUGCUAACUUCACUGCAGAGAAAUUUCUCCUCACUCAGGAUGAGGAAAGCCCCAACCUCACUUAUGGAGAAUUUAUCAUUAGCAAUUGGUGUUAGUCGAAUGCUACAAGGCCCAUGGAAGGAGCUGUGUUUAUGCCAGAAGCGAAGUAGCUCAUCCCACUCAGAAAAAUUAUGGAGAGCAUAUGAAGAUGCCAAAAAACAUUGCAAAUCAAAGAAGCUUCCCCCAGAUGUUGAUCCAAAUGGUGUUUUUGCAUGCAAUGAAUUGGACUUGAGGAAUAUCGAUGUCUAUGGAUUCGACUAUGAUUACACCUUGGCACAAUAUAAGAGCAAGAUGGAUUAUGUCAUCUACUCUCUGGCAAGAGAAGUCCUUAUCACUGACAACAAGUAUCCUGCAGCUGUCCUUGAUGCAGAAUUCAGUCCAGAUUUUGCAAUACGAGGACUCCACUACGACAUUGUCCAUGGGCUCCUCUUCAAGUUGGACCAGUUCCAUCAGAUUCAGCAGGGAACUGCUUACAGAGGCUGCCAUCGUAUUGAGGAGAAGGAACUCUUGGAGCUUUACCAGGGAUCAACCUGUAUCCCUGCUGAAUCUAUUGAAGGACCUCAACUUGGUCAGCCUCACAGAAUGGUGCAGUUGGCAGAUCUCUUUGCCCUACCUGCCAUGUCCCUCCUAAGCAAUAUUACAACACAUUUUCUCUCAAACAACAUUGAAUUUCAACCUGGUGUUCUCUUCAGUGAUGUUGAGAAAGCUGUGAGGUCAAUUCAUCCAGUGAUGCAUAAUGAAGUGAAGCAGAAUGUUGAGGAGUAUCUGGACAAAAGCCCUGAAUUAAGACAAUACCUUGAACGUUUGGCAGCAGCAAACAAGAAGCUCUUCCUGCUCACUAAUAGCCCUCAUCCCUUUGUAGAUAGAGGCCUUUCUUAUCUCCUUGGUGAUGAUUGGACAGAUCUGUUUGAUGUGAUCAUUUGUGGGGCAAGCAAACCCAAAUUCUUCAGUGAGAGGGGUAUGCGCCCUUUUCGCAUCUAUGACCCUAAAAUGGAUCGCUUCAAAUGGGAUGUAGUCAAAAGUCUCCAGAAAGGAGUCAUCUAUGUUGAGAGAGAAAUAGAGAUUCAGAAUACCCAGGAGUAUAAAGAGACUGUCAAUUGGCUCCAGGUUCUCACACACCUGAUUGAUGACCUGCAAGACUCUUGCAAGGAUUCGGAAUCAUCCCAGAUACGUCAGCAAUGGGAACAAGAAAUUGAUCAACUCAGGAUUAAAGCCAAGGCCUUCUUCAAUCCGCGCUUUGGGAGUGUGUUCCGGACUCAUCACAACCCCACUUAUUUCUCACAGCGUAUCUUUCAGGUUGCUGACAUCUACACAUCAAACCUAGUCAACUUCCUCAAGCCAGAUCUCGACCAUACAUUCUAUCCACGACGAGGAGCCUUGCCUCACGAGUACCGUUAUAUGUUCAUUUGAAACCUGGGAGUUUUCUAACUCCAAUUAUAUUACUUGCUUGCUCUGGGUGUCUACAGGGUGUUUAUAAAGUCCCUUCCACAGUGCUUGACACUUGUGUGCACACUCUAUAAGGAAGACAGUGACAGUUGGGGAACUCAUUCAGAUCACCUUCAUGCAGGGUAGUGCCUCUCCUCCACAUUGCCAAUUUAGUGGAGGACCUAUUCAUGGCAAACUUUGCUAACAGUGAAUUCAACAUUCAAAAAGCAAUUCCAGAGGAAUAGCUUGUGUGAUAUUGCUUUACACAUUACUCCUGCUAACUUUUGGUUGUUGGGGUUUCAUGAAGUCAUGGGUCAACUGAAACACACCCAUAACACUCCUAGAGUUUAAGUUUGCCAUUCAUCAAUUAUGUCUACCUUAUAAUGUCAUCCUAUAUGUUGGUGCUGAGAAUGUUGGUCCUUGUCAUGAAACAAUUGGUGCUACUAGUGGAGCGCACUUUGAGUGUCUCCUUUAAUAGCCUUGAUAGAUGAGGGACCCCCAAAUGUUGUGUGCAAAUAUGACACCCUCAUAACAUGACCUUUCCUUCUGACCUCAUGAUUCAAAGUUGCUAUCUUCUGCAAUUUCUUUUAACCCAUUCCCAAGUUUUGCUGUCAUGCCCAAUGGAGUGAGCACACAUAUGUCAAUCAUCAUGGAAGAAUCCCCUAUUUACUAUUUUUGUAGUCUUCCAACAAUGAGCAAGAGUCUCCAUGAAACUGAUCGAGCUUGUAUGAGGCAAAUUCAUGCCACCUCUCUCCAGGCAUACUUUUUACAUCUAGUCUAGAUCUGAAAUUAAUCUGCCAAGUCUUUGGAUCAGAUUUAUUAAAGUUGAUGUUGUGCUUCCUGUUAGCCAGGGCAGAAGCCUUAAGUGGGCUUUCAGGCCCUCAUGAUAUUGUACUUCAGAUGUGCCAUAAAUAACAUUCUUAGAUGUAGUAGCUCUUGAAUGGGGGAUACUAACUCUAAUUUGAAUCUAGUUGACAUUAAAUUGUGUUUUGCUUGCACCUGUACUUUCUACCAUUAAACUUCCUAGCAGAAUGGAAGGAGGAUCUCCUAUACCUUGAUUCAGAAUGAACCAGAAUUGUGAAUAUACAGUGGAUACCCACAUUGGGGAUAACAUUUUUGGUGCCUCAUUUUUUUAGUGGAUCUCAUUGAUGUGAUAGGAGUUAGAAAAUGAUGUCUUAUGCAUUGCUAGAAUGAAAUGUGAUAUGUGAAGGUGAAAAUUUCAUCAUCCUAUUUCAAACUAAUUUAGUUCCUUGCUUGCAGUGAAACAAAGAAAGUACUGGAU